UUGAAUUGCAGUUGUUUUCUCUCUCUGAAACUCUCACAGACUGUUACACAGAGAGAAGCGGGAGCUGACUCAAGCUAAGCAGGAUGCAGGCUAUCAAAUGUGUUGUUGUGGGAGAUGGAGCUGUGGGGAAAACAUGUCUUCUCAUCAGCUACACAACCAACGCUUUCCCUGGAGAAUACAUCCCUACUGUCUUUGAUAACUACUCAGCCAAUGUGAUGGUGGACAGUAAGCCAGUCAACCUGGGUCUCUGGGAUACAGCAGGACAGGAGGACUACGACAGGCUGAGACCACUGUCCUACCCACAGACGGACGUGUUCCUCAUCUGUUUCUCUCUGGUGAGCCCAGCCUCCUAUGAGAACGUCAGAGCCAAGUGGUACCCGGAGGUGCGUCACCACUGCCCGUCAACCCCUAUCAUCCUAGUGGGUACUAAGCUGGAUCUGAGGGACGAGAAGGAGACCAUCGAGAAGCUCAAAGAGAAGAAACUGGCCCCCAUCACCUACCCACAAGGCCUAGCGCUGGCCAAGGAGAUUGACUCUGUGAAGUACCUGGAGUGUUCUGCUCUGACCCAGCGUGGCCUGAAGACAGUGUUUGACGAGGCUAUCAGGGCAGUACUCUGCCCACAGCCAACCAAGGUCGGGAAGAAGAAAUGUCUACUGCUCUAACAGCUAAGAGUGAAAAUGGACAGCGAACAAACCAGGGAGAAAGAUGUUAACUUCAAUAAAAACAUUGACUUUAUUCCUUCUGAAAGCCUAUAUGGUUAAAUACAUAUAAAAUACUAUAAUUAAAUAAUGUUAAAUCUAUUACAAUGGUUUCUGAUGUGUGCUUGUUUGGUACUGGUAUAUAGUGUAUGAUAUAGGAGUUUUUGUAAAAGGAAAAAGUUGUAUAAUCUUUGCAGAAUAUUAAUAAUCUGAAUAAUACAAUACUGUAAUAUUCUCCCCUCUACUGUGAAGGUGAUAUUUGACCUUGAUGUAAGUGUGUCCCAAAUGGCACCCUAAUCCCUAUGUGUACUACUUUUGACCAGAGCUCUAUGGGUGUCCUAGUGCACUACAUAGGGAAUUGGGUUUUAUUUGGGACACAUACAAAUUGUUUUGGUAUACAAUUAAACUCAAUUUUCAAACACUGCCACCACCAUCAUCAUGAUCAUCAUCAUUAUUAUGAGUUGUGGUUUGAUGAUGCCCUCUGUCCAAUUUCUCUAGAUCUGCUUCCAACCGCUAUAUAAAGGACAGUUAAUCUGUAAAAUCAAUCUGGAUUAAAUAUGUUAAUUAAUUGA